AUGUCUUCUCCUAUCACCUGCCACGUUCUCAACACGGUGUCAGGCACCCCAGCCUCCGGCCUGAGAGCCACGCUUACCCUGCUUUCCAUCAACUCAGCCUCCAGCAAAGCUGUUGAGAGCUUUACUGCAACUACGAAUGAAGAUGGCCGCGUAAAGGAGUGGCAGGCACCAUCGGGCAACACAUUGCUUGAGACAAUGGAGCAGUUUGCAGCUGGAGAACGAAGUCCUUGGAGCAUCAAGUUCGACAUUGGUCCGUGGUAUGAAGAAAGGGGAGUGGAGAGCUUUUGGCCCGAGAUCGAAGUCAAAUUCUACGUCAAAAAAGGAGAGCGACAUUAUCAUGUGCCUGUAUUGGUUGGGCCUUGGACAUAUACCACUUACAGAGGGUCGUGA